AUGGAGCCUAAAAGAUGUUGGAUGAUGUUGGAAAAGAAGAAUAAGAAGAAGAAGAAUUUGAUGAUCACUACUUCUUCUGAUCAUUUUCUUCAAGCAACAACUACCACAAUCAACAUCAACAAAUCUUCUUCUUCUUCUUUUGAUGAUUCAUGGGAAGAACAAGCUUUUGCCGAUGACGCUGCCGGUCGUCUUGGUGGAUGUGUUUGGCCACCGAGAUCCUACUCUUGCAGUUUCUGCAAAAGGGAAUUUCGGUCGGCUCAAGCUUUAGGCGGUCACAUGAAUGUUCACCGACGCGACCGUGCUAGGUUAAAGCACGAAUCCUUCAAACCCCAAAUUGAAACUCAUCAUCAAAUUCUCCCAAAUCUUCAACAACAGGUUUGUGAUGAUAAUUUGGUGUUUAACCCUAACCCUAAAUCUUCUUCAUCAUCUUUUUGCCUCUCAACUUUUCCCUCUCAAAACUUGGUGGAAUCUGAUCUUACCCCAAUAACAACAACAACUCUUCAUAAAUGGCAUCAAAGUUCAGAACUUUCUCCAAAAACAAGCGAUGAUAAGGAUGAUGAUGCUGUUUUUUGCAAUAAAAGAAAGAGAACAACCGAUCAUCCGCCAUCGUCAACGGUGGCGUUCUUUAUCCGAUCAGAGGUAAUUGGACUUAGCCAUAGCUCCGUUGAGGAUUUGGAUCUUGAGCUCCGCCUCGGCGGUGGCGGCCGGCCAAAGCCAAAGCUUAAAUAAAAUUGCACCGCCGUGUGUGUGACUUUAUGAUCUAUAGUUUGUUUUUCUCUCUGUUGUUUUCAUUUUCCUUUUGGAUUCUCUCUUUUUUUUUCUUUCUUUCUUUCUUUUUUUUUUU